UGCGAGCUGUGGACACGGAGCGGCGUAGCAUGCGGGAGCGGUGCUGAAGGCCGUACGGAGAGUAGAGCUUCGCCCGAGUCGUCCCGUUCCGCGGCCAUGAUGCCUCUCGCACCGACGCCAGUGGUGGCCGUGCCGUCCAAGCCCAAGAUCGGCUUCAGCAUCGACAGCAUCGUCGGCGGGGGAACGACGCACCACCAGCAGCAACAGCAGCAGCAGCAGCCGGCGAGCCCGGCCGGCUCGUCGCCCGGCCACGGCGGCGCCGGGGACGGCGGCGGGGGCGGCAGCUCGGCGUCGCCGCCCCCGCGCUUCGGGCGCUCCGCGUCGCCGGCCACGUCGUCGCCGGCGUCGGCGGGCGGGUCUCCCGCGCCGUCGCCGCCCGCGCCGCCCCCGCAGCUGGUGCGGCCGAGCGCGCUGGCGCCCGCGGGCCUCGAGGGCCUGAAGACGCUGUACCUGGAGCCGCACCUGCACGGCCACGGCCACGGGCACGGCCACGGACACGGCCACCCGCACGGGCACGCUCCGCCACCCCCGCACCACCCGCUGGCGCUGGCCGCGGCGCACUUCCAGGCGGCCGGGCUGGCGGCGGCGCUGGCGCACCACGGCCAGCACCACGGCCACCAGCCGGGGCCGCCUCCGCCGCCCCCGCACCUCGCCGCGCCGCACCACCCGCCCGCCGUGCCGCCCCGCGACACCUACCCGCUCUACCCCUGGCUGCUGUCCAGGCACGGCCGCAUCUUCCCGCACCGCUUCCCCGCAGGCCCCGACAUCCCCGGCUUCCUGCUGCAGCCGUUCCGCAAGCCGAAGCGCAUCCGGACGGCGUUCAGCCCCAGCCAGCUGCUCAAGCUGGAGCACGCCUUCGAGAAGAACCACUACGUUGUGGGCGCCGAGCGCAAGCAGCUGGCGCAGUCCCUCAGCCUCACCGAGACGCAGGUGAAGGUGUGGUUCCAGAACCGGCGCACGAAGCACAAACGCAUGCAGCAAGAGGAGGAGGCGAAGGCGCAGCAGCAGGCGGCAGCCGCCUCCAACAAGAACUCGCACCACGUCAGCAAGUGGAAGCAGGAGACGCAGCCCUCGCCCGGCACGCAGCGCCAGACGUCGACGCCGCCCCCGGCGUCCGCCCAGCCGCAGCAGACCCAGCAACAGCAGCAGCAGCAGCCCCAGCAGGACUCGCCGGAAGGUCCUCUGCAGCACCAGCAGCAGCAGGGCUACCACCAUCACCACUCCGACAGCUGCAGUUCGGGCUCUGAGACCUGAGACCUGGCGGACAGGACCUCGCGGGUGGCAACACUGGCGGGCUGGUUCGUCAUUGGCUGAGGCGCAGUGCCUGCAGGAAUCCCCGGGGCGGCGCUUCACGUGCCCAGUGCACAGUGGUGACUGUUACAACUAUUGGCAGAUAACAUUUGUGCGGUGGACUCGAAACAAUUGCCAGACUCUUCUUCUUGAAAUCAGCGGAUCUCAUUCGUUAUCUAUCCAGUGCAUUCGUGUCAUAAGAUAGUUCGAAAUAUGCCAGCAUUUGCUGUAAUUUCGGAGCACUUUGCCUGUACCACCUUUAUUAAUUGACGAAAUAUUACUGUACUCAUCUGACGCGUUACCAAUUUUCUCAGAUAUACCACUGUAGCUGACCGCCAUGUGGUCCUACAAAAUAUUAAGUUUCCUUUCAUCUCCUGUUCAGAAAACAUAAACAAUAACAGAAAUUGCAUUUUGGGGAUGAGGAGGGAGAUGCGAUUCGCAAAGCCAAACGUAUACAGAAGAGAAUUGAUAACCUGACAUUCAGGUUCUAGAAACGAUUUUCCAAGCUCCUCCAGUUCUCUGAUCAAAGUCUCUGACAUUUCCGUCUAAAACGCUAUGCCUUCUGUAUAAUUUUCUCUCCGUGUCAGAUGAUAAAGACAAACCUGUCAUUAUCGUGGCUCCAAUACAAUACGAUUUUGAGUCAUGGCGUUCUAUAGUGUUGCUUUGUAGAGUCAGAAACGUAAGCUUACAGUGAUAUGUCGGCCAAUGGUCGCUUGGCGAUUAUAAUUCACUAGAGAAGUACGUUUUAAAAUUUCGAAUUGCGCAUGUCCCAAAAUCCUUGCGUUUUUGUUGGCUUGUCAGAAGCUUUAAGAAACAUUUCAGACGGAAGAAACUGCGACAUUUUUCAACAUUUAUGGCUAGUUUCAAAACAAGCCUGCGGUAAUCCAACUCGAAGCUCCAGAGCAUGCAAGACAACUCCUUUUCUCCUUCGGAGAUGACAAAGUUUUUCUGUGUAAGGACGCAAUUUAUACCUUUCUUCUGUCCCUAUGAAAAAUUAAGCGAAAUUCCAGUGGCAUGGCAAUUUUAGUAACAGACGAAAGUUAGCAACUCGCAAAGGAAACACGUUUAUAAAACACAUUUAAAAUUUUUGUCUGGGUCUUAAAUUACCGUAUGUAGGUAACUAUGGAAACUGGAACUCUCAUGGAAACUAAAUUGAUGAAACUGUUUUUUAAAAAAAACAUAUCUAGGUUUCAGCAAGUUCACAUUAGCCUCCGUUUUCAUCUCGACAGACAUGUCUAAUAAUCUGUCUUCCAGUCUCCCUUCUGAAAAAUAAUCUAGGUGGUAGCUUCAUUUAGUUGCUUACAGACUAGAACAGACUCGACAACGAAAUUACAAGAACAAAGAGAGUAACCAAUUUGAACGACAAUCUGCCAAAGAACUGUACAAAUUCAGUAGUGAGAAAACCUGUAAAACUAUUGAAGCAAUCAUGUGUCAUAUAUUCCGUUACUUUCUUGGCCUGCUUAAUAAUCAGGCUGCUCAAAACACUACGAAUAUUAUACUCUACGGGAAGAUCUGCUGACGUCGUACUGUGGAUUACUGUGCGAUGUAUGUGAUGCUAGUGAGUUUCUUCUGAGCGAAGGGACCUGAACUAUCCACGAAGUACACGUACUUCAGUAGGUUUUUAACCUUCCAGCAGUUUUAUCUUACGAACAGUAUUACUGAAAUGAACUUUUCUCAGCUCGUUUUCUCGGUAUUUGUGGUUUAUUUCAGGACCACAGAACUUUUAACAAAAGAAAGUAUUUAUGAAUCAUGCGUGUACAUAAACUGAUAUCAGUAUAAAUUUAAGAGUAUUGUAUAAAUAUAUUUAAUGUAGGUGGAAAUUAUAUGUGUGUUUUGUCAUGUUAGAUAUCACCGUGAUCGUGUAUAAAUGUAUCUCACGAAGACUCUUUCGUCUGUAAAAGGUUAACGUUUCUAUUAAUGGACAAAGAUAUUAACUACUGAAACUGAAACCUUGCAACUGUGUCAUAAUACAAAAUAUUUAUUAGCCUUAAUGCCAGCAACUGUCAUCACUAAAAGCAAGUCACUUUUGGAAAAAGUGGAUCAGUUAUGGUAAUAGAAAACUAGACGCUUGGGCAAGCACAUCAUAAAAAACAAGAAACCUACUUCAUUGCUCACAUAAAAUUACUGGUAAACAGUGCUUAAUCAAAAUAUUAUCUGUAUAAAGUAAAUGGUGCCACUACACCGGACAAGAGAAAUCUGUCGAAAACAGCUUCGGCUGUGGCGUAGCUUUAUACAUGAGUGAGUUACUGUGAACUGUAAACACUAAUGUUUGCUCCUAGGCCAGGAAAUAUCGCCUGGACCUGUGAAUGGUACAUCUCCUAUGCAUACGAUAUUGUGCGCCCACUUUUGUGUGUCUCCUGAUAGAACAACCGCCGUUCUGGAGCGGUUGCAAUGUGCCAAAAACAUGUCGCAUACUCUCUCUUCCAAGAUUUGUAAAAUAAAGUUGUAACUUCGGUUAA